AGGACAAUCCGGGGCGGGGCCUAGAAGCCUGCGGGUGAGGGCAGUCUUCGCCAAGGCCUCGCGGCCAGGAUGGCGCUGAUUUUCAGGUACUCACCCGCUAGCUUCGGAGCUGUGCCCUCAGCUCAUGCCCCAAAAGCAGUCUCCGACGCUGGGGUCCGAGCCAGGGACGUGAGGUUACUUCUGCCGAAACACCGCUCGCCGCCCGGCCGCCCGUGAUGCGCUACGCCUGCGCCGCCGCGCCGGCCCGUGACGUCAUGACGCCCGUACCUCCGCCUCCGCUGGGCCGCGUGUGUUUCCCUAUAAUCCCGCUGUAGCUGUGGUUGCUUCUGAGGAUUCUCUUCCAUCAUGGACUUAGGAAUAAGAUGCUUUCGCCUGCUGCACCCUGCCUUUCGAAGUUACCUUGCUGCUUUGACCAGACCUGUUUCAGAAAUUUCCAUGAAGACGGUGAAUGGAAGACAAUAUGACUAUAGGCAAUACUCAGCCUACCCAGCAGUACCAGUUCGCCAUUUUGCAACCAAGAAAGCUAAAGCUAAAGGCAAAGGGCAGCCCCAGGCCAGAGUGAACAUUAAUUCAGCCUUGGUUGAGGACAUAAUCAGCUUGGAAGAGGUGGAUGAAGACAUGAAAUCAGUGAUAGAAGCGCUUAAGGAUAAUUUCAAUAAGACUCUCAACAUACGGACUGCACCAGGAUCCCUUGAUCAUAUUACUGUGGUAACUGCUGAUGGGAAGCUCGAUCUAAAUCAGAUUGGGCAGAUCUCCAUGAAGUCGCCACAGAUGAUUCUGGUGAAUAUGGCCAGCUUCCCAGAGUGUACAGCUGCAGCUAUCAAGGCUAUAAGAGAAAGUGGAAUGAAUCUGAACCCAGAAGUGGAAGGAACACUAAUUCGGGUACCCAUUCCUAAAGUAACCAGGGAACACAGAGAAAUGCUGGUAAAACUGGCCAAACAGAACACCAACAAGGCCAAAGAAAAUUUACGGAAGGUUCGCACUAAUGCAAUGAAUAAACUGAAGAAGUCAAAGGACAGAGCCUCGGAGGACACCAUCAGACUCAUCGAGAAACAGAUCAGCCAAAUGGCAGACGACACAGUGGCAGAGCUGGACCGGCAUCUGGCAGCAAAGACCAAAGAACUCCUUGGAUGAAAGUCAGCAGUCACAGCCGAACACCCGAGUCCGGUGUCUGCUCGUGCCUCCCCUGCCCUGACCAUCCGUCGGAGGCUGGCACUGCUGCUCUGCCAUGGGCUGCUCAGUCUCUCAUUGGGAUGCUCAGACUUAGGGAAUCUCUCCCUUGUGUCCUUGCUCUGCUCUGAGUCUCCUGGUGUGAAGGCUCCCGGAGAAUAUCUGCAGUUGGCAGAGGACCUUUGCUCUGGCAAUGACCUUGACUGUGGUGUCAGCACAGGAGCCUCCUUUCAAACUGUGAAUCAUACCCUGCCCUUGUGUUACACUCAUUUGGAUUAACGUGGGCCUUCAGUCUGACUGCUAAUGAUGAAGCCUAAAUAAAUUGGAAAAUAAGAACCACAGAGGGAAGAUAGAGUGGUUUGGAUGGAAGAGCCCCAGAACUUGUUUAUAAAGCAACCAAGAGCAGUGCUUUUGCCUCUGGGUUGUCGUCCCACAUGCUGUUCCAUGGACCAAGCUUCCGCUCCUAAUGACUAGCCCUGUUUACUGUGGCAUCAGCUGCUCCCUCUGGGCAGUUUCUCUGCCUCCAGAUCUAGGCCCCGUUUUUGGCUGGGCUCCUCUUAUUUAAACCUCUGUUUUUCUUUUCUGUUAGUCUAUACCUUGGGAAAAAUUACCAGAGAGAAUGACACAGGGCAAUGCUUGAAGUUGUCCGUGUAUUUAUUUUGUGAAAAUUGGUAGCU